GCACAGGGUGCAAAGUUCAGGGCCAAGGAGAGGACAACAUGCUGCUUCGAAUCUUCACUUCCAGGGUUAGAUUUAACCUCCCUACAACUGUUUACCUCAAGAACGCGGCAGUUUUUACUCAAAAUGGCGUCUACUUCUCCUCAUCAUCAACUCAAGGAACCCCUGUUUUCCUCAGAGCGCAGAAAUAUGCCGACAGGACGGCUAUCAUCGACCGAAACGGGUCACACUCGUAUCUGGACUUGCUCCAACAAGGUUGCCUCCUCUCACAGAAGAUAUCCUCAGUUCUGGGUACCAGUGACGACGUGAAGGGGGCGAGGAUAGCCUUCCUGUGUCCAAAUGAUGUGUCUUAUGUCAUCUCCCAGUGGUCUGCUUGGAUAAGUGGCGGCGUGGCCGUUCCUUUAUGUAAAACCCACCCCGUACCGGAGUUAGAAUAUGUUCUCUCAGAUUCUCAAGCUUCCCUCCUCAUGUACACAGAAGACUACGCAGAUAAAGCUGCCAUCAUAACGGAAAACUCGGACAUCAAACCUCUCAUGUUGAAGAGAGAGAACUACAUACAAAGGGAGAAUUCAGAGAUGAAGACCAAGAUGGGAGAAUGUGUGGAUAUCCUCCUGGACUUGGGAAGUCGUAGCUGGAAGGACAGAGGUGCGAUGAUAAUAUACACCAGUGGGACCACGGGUAGACCCAAAGGUGUGCUGACCACUCACAAAAAUCUGCAAGCUCAGGUAGAGGCGAUGGUUGAGACCUGGGAGUGGUCUCACACAGACGUUAUCCUGCACGUCCUGCCCCUGCACCACGUCCAUGGGAUCGUCAACUGUCUGAUGUGUCCGCUGUGGUCGGGAGCCAUGGUCACCAUGAUGGAGCAGUUCAGCGCGGAAAACACGUGGAAGGCCCUUCUGAGUGCCUCCCUCCUGUCGCAGUGGUCAGACUCUGUCUCCCAGAGGAUGAAUGUUUUUAUGGCCGUGCCCACCAUCUACGCCAAGAUGAUCGAACACUAUGACAAACACUACACCAAACCACGUGUCAGGGACUACGUCAAAGCUGUCUGUAGGGAGAAGGUUAGACUGAUGGUGUCGGGUUCCGCUGCCCUGCCGCAGCCAAUCAUGGAGCGGUGGGAGGAGAUCACGGGACACCGGCUGCUGGAGCGAUACGGCAUGACGGAGAUCGGCAUGGCACUGUCCAACCCUCUCCACGGAGACAGGCGCGCUGGUCAGCUCUCGUCACUAUCUCAUUUUUCAAAGCCCCGCUGUGGUGAUGUUACUGCGUUGGGCAUUCCUUUUCAGGUCGUUGAUGAAGGUUGUGCGCUUUCUGUUGGCUCCCAGAGGAUAAGCUGGCUGGUUAUCAGUUCUGUAUGUCACACACAGUGUUUGAGAUGUAUUCACUAUGUCUCAAACAUUAUGCUUGGAGUUGGACAUUUUUUAUAUCUCCUUACCCUACAGGUGAGCCCAGGUAUGGAGGAGCAGGAAGGAGAACUGCUAGUGAAGGGUCCAGGUGUGUUCAAGCAGUACUGGAACAGGCCAGACGCAACGACAGAGGCCUUCACUCCAGAUGGGUGGUUCAAGACAGGUGACACUGCAGUGUUGCGAGACGGCUACUUCAGCAUCAUGGGUCGCACCUCUGUCGACAUCAUCAAGAGUGGAGGCUACAAGAUCAGCGCCCUGGAUGUGGAGCGCCACCUGUUGGCUCAUGACGGCAUUGCAGACUGUGCAGUAGUGGGGGUGACAGACCUGACCUGGGGUCAACGGGUGGCUGCUAUAGUGGUGCUCCGGAAAGGGGCUAGCUUGAGCCUUGCAGAACUGAAGAACUGGGGGAAGAACAGAAUGCCAAGCUACCUCAUCCCUACUGAAAUCAAGAUUGUGCCCGUCUUACCGAGGAAUGCAAUGGGAAAGGUUAACAAAAAGGAGCUUCUCAAAGAGUUCUUUCCUGAAACGACCAGCUAACAGUUACUAGUAGUACUACAGACGCACAGUUCAGAUCUAGUUUUUGGUCUAAGUUAAAUUUUAAAUUCUAGGUUUUUGGAUGGACGUUGGGUUUAACUGCUGUAUCGCUUUUUCAGGUGAAUCAACUUGUUUUUAAUUUGCAAUUUUAAUUUUCAAAUUGUCUACCUCAUGAUCAUACAAAUGUAUUGUUUUAUUUGGAUUGGUGGACAAAUUAUGGGAUGUAUGAACUAUGGUGAGGAUGGGAAAAGAUUGUAGUUUUAAAAUGAUUUCAAAGAAUUGCAAUGAAACUCAUUACUAUUUUUAUAUUGGGUCUGCAUAUUACGCACAAAAUGCAGUUUCUUCUCAGCAAUAGCAGAUUUUUAAAUAUGC